GGCCUCUGAGAAGGUAGAUCCUCCCCUGCCUCAAUCACACUGUUAUUGCUGGGUUUAAAUCUUUGUAUUUUGUACUGCAUGCUAAGAACCUGCCUAGGUUCUUAAAGCCAUGAAAGAAAAUGUGAAAUCUGACUACAGAAUGGGAUGAGGGUUGGUGCAGGAGUGAAGUGGUACGGAUUUGACUAAGGUUGUUCUCUCUUCCACCAUCUCUUCAAUCUUCUCUAAUUCAAGUAUGGAAAUGACUGUGCUGCAAUGGAUAAUUUCGCAUACAAAAAGAACACAAUGUUCGCUAUUACAUUUCUCCAAGGGCGUAACUUUGGGCUGAGCAUCGGGAGGGUUGUGGUCUCCACCCAUUUACGGGGAUCCAGGGGGGUGUAUUAGCUGGUUUUGAUUAUUGUGUGUGUGGGACUAAAACCUCCCCCCUAUAAUUUACACCCUUGCAACUCUCUGUCAGGUCUGCAGUUGCCAGCCAAUAGCUGCCUUUAAAUAGGCAACAUGUUUUUUUUAGUAUUCAGUGUAGUGACUGUGGGAGGGGCCGCCAAACCUCAGGGGCACCAUGCAAAUGCAUGGUUUGGGUGGAGGCAAAUGCUGCUGUCCAGUUUCCUCCCAUAAUCAAAAAUUAUGGCUAAUGGAAAGAUAAUGGGCCAUUCUUAUUACACUGAAAUGCUGCCGUCUAGACCAACUACUAUGGCUAGCUUCAGACGAUUGAUUACCUUCCACGUUUCUCCUUUAUAACCUAGAUAUAUUUGGAGGGGGAUUUACAUGUUUUGCGGUCUGCUCAGCCUCAGGUGUAUUUCACUGUACAUUUAUACGCAGUUAAUUUAUGUUUCUGAAUCGAAUAGUGUGUGGUUGUACUUGCCCUGUGAUAGACUGGCGUUCCAGCCAGGGUGGAUCCCCACCUCAGCUUUAUGCUGCCUGGGACAGACUCCCAAGGGCCGCCCCGCGAGCCUAACCACGGUAAGCAUGGUGAAAACAUAAAUUUACGAUUUGGAUACGUGAUGGGAACAGAUGAGUAAAGACAUAAGAAGUCACCCAGCCCAUGUUUAUGCUGUGAGCCUCCGCACAGCUUGCUGCCUCUGGUACCAUGGGGUAUGAGGCACACGGUAAACACACUGGAUGACUUUGAGGAAAAAAAACAGGGUACGGGCUGAUAGCACAUUGUUCCAAGGGGAAGGACAUGGUCAGGGUCAUACUUCGCUGUUACUCUUAUUCAAACACGGUGCUGAUUAAACAAUCAGCUUAACUUCCGCUGCUCGGAGUCCAGCAUUUCGGUGGUGUUGCUCCUCAAUCCUACCUUCACAGCUCCUCCUGUGCCUCACAACUGUGUUUUUGAAGGAGAUGGCAGCCACACUGGCAAACAUGACACAGCAGCUGGGCAAUUUGCUGGGCCGCUCACUGGGCCAGUACUUGGACCGCUGGAGACUGAACGUCACACAGGCCCAGCAGGCCCUAAACCAGCGGCUGGCAGAGGAGAACUUCCAGGAUGUCAUCUGGUACCUUAUGGUGAUGAUAGGCAUGCUGGCCUUCAUCAUCGUGGCCAUGCUUGUCAGCACAGUCAAGUCCAAACGUCAUGAGCACUCUGGAGACCCAUACCACAAAUACAUCGAAGGAGACUGGACCACGGCCCUCAGUAACCAGUACGACAAAGCCUGAAACCUGAAGUCCAACCCCAAUGCCCAGAGCUACUUUCCAUGACAGGUUCUGUAUGCAGUUUCGCAUUGGCUUUGGGACAUCUGAACUAAUCUGAUGUCACACGAGUAGAUACACACAGAUGUAACAGACCACACCACACCAGUGAUCCAAAAAUCCAUGCAAACGCAACUGAUAAA